GAAGUCCCAACAACAGUAGGCGCUGUUUCAUUUUCAACUCCCCUAAAUCAGUCUUGUUUUCAAAAUUCUAGCUUGGGAGGGAAAAAAAGAAAAAGAAAGGAAGGCUAAAGUUUGGUGUUUUAGGAGAAUCAAGAAUGGUGGAUGGGUCGAAUAAGGUGGAUGUAGAUAAGCUUAUGUCCUUCAGUAAGGAUCUAGUUCAGUUCUUGAAACAAGAUAAAGAUGUCAGCUUCUUGAAACAGUGUAUAGACCAAUCUAAUUCCCUUCAAUCACACUGCAACACUCAGUAUCAAGCCCUUAACACUUCUAUUCAAGAGUAUGAAGGAAAGAUAAAUGCAUGCAAGCAGAGAACAACAGAAGCAGAAUCUGAAGCUGCUGCAGAUGCUGAAAUAGAUAAGCUGCAGAAAGAGUUUGAACAGGAGAUCAAGAGAGAAAAACUGCUAAGAGAAGAACUUAGAGUUAUAACUGAUGAGAUCAAUGGUUUAGAUCAUCAAAGAGCCUCUAUUGAGGAGCAAAGGAAAUUGCUCAAGAAACUUGAGCAAGAUCAGCUUCGAGCAGAGAUGAAGCUAUCACUGUAUGCCUCUGUUACAAGUAUCAUCCCAGACUCGGAUGAUCAGUCCAAAAUAUCAGGCCAUAUUGUGGAGAGAGAUAAGAAGGUGGUUGAAAAUUUCGAGUUUGAUCCAUCAAAGCUAACUGCCUUUGACAUUUGUAACAACAUCUGGAAGAUGAUUAACUUGUAAGAAGCAGCAUUGCUCAGGGCGGAGGCUUAGUUGUCACUUGGAUUGUUAAGAGUACCUCAAUACCUUGGCUGAACCGAUUUAAUCAAAUCAUAUAUCUCAUAUGUUCACUGAACACUCGUCAAUCCUCUUACUAUCGCUCUUUUGGUACAUUAGCCACAUAUGGCUUAAAUAUGCUAAAAGAAGAAACUCUAUUUUCUUUA